AUGGGUCUCGAUUUCGGACCUUAUCUGCGACUAGCAGAACAGAGUCAUCGGUCUAGUACACCGGCGGUUUCGCUAGAGUUGAAAGCCCCGGAAACGUUGUACUUGGAGUCGCCUUUUGGAAUUGAAGUGGUCCUGCGCCGAGAUGAUACCGACCCUCGCUCGUGUAUCUUCUACUGGUCUCCUUAUGCCCCGGCUGUACUCGCUGCUCAGUUCAUCCUGUUCCGCCACACCCCCGAUGGCCUGGAAAGAAUUGAGGUGGGCAAGGGGUUGUGGGAAGCCCCUGACAUGCUUUCUAUAGCUAGACUAGGUCAGGGGCUGUUUGAACUUGAGCCAAACGGGAGUUCUCGUUAUCUAUUGGAACUAGGCGUACAGUAUCGUGAUGCACUCAGACCAGGUGAGAGAUAUGAGCUUCUCUGGCCUGGGGGAGAAUCAUUUCUCUGGGACUGGGGGAAUAUUCAGGGUCACCUGGGUGUGGAAUUGAGAAGACGAGAACCAUGUCUAUUUAUUCCGGGCUUCCAUGUCAUCUAUCAUUCUUCAUCUAAGGGCCCAGGAGACUUAACCCCAAUUACUUUCCAUGUCUUCAACUUACUGGAGGGCAACCUUCAGCGGCAGCGUGGCCAGGAAUGGGGAUACUUCGAGUCCGAGGAGAUGCCGUACCGGAUAUACGACGAUCCAGAUAUUGAAGUUUCUCCCAGUCAGCAUGCCGACUUUGUUAGCCUUCAGCCCGGAGAUUCAUGGACUCAGAUGGAUAGCCUGGAACUUCCUUCUGAUAUCAAGGUAGGAGAAGUCUUUAAGUACGAGUUCACCGACAGAGUACUUGACUGGUGGGACUGGGGUACGAAGGAAGAUCAAUUGCGGACCACGGUGAAGCUACCAUGCUGGGUCGGAGCUGAAGUCAUCGAGCCCAGGGAUAAUGAGGGGCGACCGGCUGUCGUGGUACCAGCGAGCAAUGUUGUCGUGUUUACUAUAGUGUGA